AUGUGGGAGAAGAAUAAAGUGCCAAUGAUUUUUUUCCUCUCACAAGAAAACAGAUCUCAAAUACUACUACCAGGGCAAUACAUUAUUAGAUUUGGUAUUAGGGGAAAGAAGUUACAUCUUUCAUCUUCUUAUGCUCAUAAAGCGUCUUCCAUUGCCAAAUCACCUAGCUUGUGUUCUAUGGAAAGAGAAGAGAGAGACUGUGUAAUCUUCUCUGAAGGAAUAAUAGAGGAAUACUUAGCAUUCGACCACACAGAUAUGGAAGAGGAGCUUCAUGGAAAGAAAUCAGAAGCAGCUACAGAGAAACAGAAAUUAGGGUACCCUCCCAUUGCUCCAUUUUACUGCAUGAAAGAAGAUGUCCUUGCUUAUGUGUUUGACGAUGUGUGGAGCAAGGUUCUGAGUUGUAUGGAGCAGUUGAUGCGUAGUCACUGGGAGGGAUUUGCUUCUG